CUUUUGGCCAAAUAGCGUGCAACGUUUCCUUCUACACAAAUGUUUCGCUAACCUCUUAAUUCGACUAUUGCUAACCUAGUUUCACUUCCCCAAAAACAACAAAAACAAAGCCCAACAACUAAAUAAAUCAAACGAGGCUGAAGCGAAACAAAUUUGCAGCAAGAUUUCAAAGACGUUCCCAAGUCCCGAAACUCCCAAAAACAACAUAUACUCGCAACAAGAAGAAGAAGAAGCAGCAGAAAAAAAACGCUGCUCCAUAAAAUCCAUUUAAAGCAUCCAAUAAAAUACGAGCAGCAGCGGCAGCAGCGGCGGCGGCGACGGCGGCAUUAGCGGAGAGAGACUCAUGUUAGAAAAAUGAAAAAGUUCACAUUUAAAGGAGUUCUGGAUGGAUUUCGACAAAGCGUACAGCCGCAAGCCAUACGACAGGAGCAGGAGAUACUCGAGCAAUUGAAGGCCGAUCAUUUUACACUAAAAAAAACCUUUCGCCAUGGCUUUCCAUACUCACCCACAUCCUUUGCCUUCGAUCCAGUACAAAAACUAUUAGCGAUUGGUGAUAAAUCUGGCUAUAUACGCAUCUUGGGCCGACCUGGCGUCGAUGCGCAUGCCAAACACGAGGGCGAAUCCGAGUGCGCUGUGCUCUUUGCCCAAUUUCUGGUCAAUGAGGGUGCCCUGGUCACCGUGACCGCCGACGAUACCAUACACUUGUGGAGCAUACGCCAAAAGACGCCGCUCAUUGUGCAGAGCCUCAAAUUUCAGCGCGAGCGCGUCACUUGCAUACAUUUGCCCGUCGGCAGCAAAUGGCUGUACGUGGGCACCGAGAAGGGUAACAUACACGUCGUUCACAUAGAUACAUUUGCACUUAGCGGAUAUAUUAUUAACUGGAAUAAAGCAAUUGAAGUGGUUAGAACUAGUCAUCCAGGUGCUGUGAUUGCGUUAUGUGAUAAUCCAUUGGAUGCAAACAAGUUGCUUAUUGCAUUUGAGUGCGGGCUGCUUGUGCUGUGGGAUCUGAAGUUGAAGGGCGCGGAGAUACGAUGGCAGGCAGCCGAGGCGGUUAAAUCCUUGGCCUGGCAUUACGAGGGCAAAUAUUUUGUAUCCUCGCACACGGAUGGCUCGAUAUGCUCCUGGCCGACCAAGCCGCAGCCGAAGCCCCAGUCUCAAGUUUGUCCGCACGCGAAAAUCAACAAGGAGGGCAACGCCGAAAAAUGUAAACCGAUUUAUAAAGUUGACUUGAAGUCAAGCGCAACUGGCGAAACCUUUACAAUUUUUUCCGGUGGCAUGCCAUCGGAGAAGGGCUCAAAGUCAAACUGCAUCACAGUCAUGGUGGGCAAGACCACAACCGUUUUGGAGAUGGAGCAUGCCGUUUGCGAUUUCAUUACACUCUGCGAGAAUCCCUGGCCUUGCGAAACCCAGGAACCGUAUGCGAUAGCUGUGCUGCUUCAAUAUGACUUAGUAUUAAUAGACUUAUUAACGCCCGGUUUUCCAUGUUUUGAAUCGCCUUAUCCAAUGGACUUACACGAAUCACCUGUUACAUGUUGCACAUAUUUAACCGAUUGCCCAUCGGAUUUGGUUCCUGCUUUCUAUUCUGUUGGUCGCACAACGACAAGUAAAAAGACGGGCUUCUCGGAACGGGAAUGGCCCAUUUCGGGCGGCGAAUGGUCACCAGCCUCGUGCAGUUACUCGGAAAUUGUCAUCACUGGCCAUCAGGAUGGCAGCCUCAAGUUCUGGGACUCGGGCGCUGGCACACUGCAGAUUUUGUACAAACUGAAGACGGCGAAAAUGUUUGAGAAGCCGCGUCAUGUGAGCCACGCGGACAGCGACAAUCCGCUGGCGGUGCAUUUGAUAUUUCUAUGCUCGGAGUCGCGACGCUUAUGCGUUGCCGGCGCCAUGGGUCAGGUAAUGUUGUUCAAAUUUCGCAAGGUCGAGUCCACAUCGGAGGUGCUGGUGCUGGAGAUACCAAUACUCUAUGAGAACUUUGAUGACAUCUAUGGCACCAGUCCCGAAUGCGAUUUCCUCACCGGACAUCAGGUGCAAAAGACCGAAUCCAGCGAUUCGGAUAAGACGGAGUGCACGCUUAAAGUGCGUUUUGGUGCUCAGCGCAAGCCGCCGGGCUUUCAAUCCCAAUUGGUUUGCCUCACAACGGGGCCGAAUCGUCGCACCGUACAGGUUACCUCGUUGUGCAUCAACUCUAGCUAUGGCCUAAUGGCUUAUGGUACCGAAUAUGGACUUGUCAUAAUUGAUAUAAUCCAAAAAAUUUGCCUAUUGAGUGUUGCAUGUCCCGAUCUGUAUGGCGCACACGAUCCUUAUUCGCGAACACCAAAAAGUCCAAAACGCAUUGAGAGCAAAGAGGAGCAAAGCCGUUCGCCCAGUUCAGAUCAGCUGAACGAUACGACCAGCCCGGACAGUCCGUCGAUUGAGUUCAUACCGGAGGCGAAUGAGGCGACAUUGACGGCGUCGACGUCGGCAUAUGUUACGGCGGCGACGGCGGCGGCAGCGGCAGCGACGCCGUCAGCGGCUGAGGCUGUGCAGGGCGUAUCAAGGCCCACAUCGCCAGUGGGCGUGGCCGAUGUUAUUAACAGCACCAAAGAGUCGCUGAUGGGCAGCGCCAGCGCAGCGACAGCAACAGCGCUGGCAGCGGCCAAGAGCCCGCAGCGCGACGAGGCGGCAGCGACGUCGGCGCCAAAAGAGCUGCAAGAUCGCCGCAAGUCCAUGUCAUGGAAAACGUUCAAUUUGAAGCGUCAAUUAUCAAAAGUCAAUAUGAAAAUCGGCAGCAGCCUCAAUGUCAAUACCGAGCUGGACGCGAUCCGCAACAGCUCGGCCAUAUUCUAUACGCCCAAGGAGAGCUCGCCGGAGGCAGCGACGGCCGAGGAAAUUGCCGCCGAGGCGCUCGAAUGCCGCGAAGAGGAUGUCGGCCUUGCGACGGCCACAGCAAUGCUCAAUUGUGAUACGGUCGAGACGCCAGCGACGGCAGCGACGUCGACUGCAAUGACGACGGCGACGCCGAAGCGCGUCGAUUUUGAAGAGCCGCCGGAGAGCGGCGAGCGGCCAAACAAUCUGCCGCUCAGCGAGACACAGCAGGGACAACUGGGACAGGGACAGCCGCCAUUAAAGCCGACGCGUCAAAAGUUCAAAGAGAAGUCGCGCGAUCAGCGGCUGCUCUCUGUGCCGAAUAUUAAGUAUCAGCCGAGAGAGCAGCGCUCGGGCGCCAUUGGCAUUGCAGCUGGCGUUGGGCGGGCCAAUAAGAACGAUGUGUCGCCUCUCAUGAGCGGCAGUCUAACCAAAAAGAUACAUAAAUUGGAUGGAACCUUCUCGAGAUCCAGAUCGUCAUCAAUGUCCAGCAUUGAUAUGUCUUCCUCUGAAUCUGUUACAUGUUUGGCUUUUAUCGAGAGCUAUGCAAAACGCAAUGAUAUUUUGACGCUUGUUCCUACUUUAUGGAUUGGAACUAGUUUCGGUUCAAUAUUGACAUUGUUUAUCACAAUGCCGGAGCGCGAUGUGCGCAAAUCUCAGCCAGUUUUGGUUACAAUAAACGGCGGACCCGUGGUACGACUCAAAGGCUCCAUUACUUCCAUGUCUUUUUUAGACUCCUACGGCUCGAUCAUACCCUACACAUUUGAGCCUUGGCGCGACGAGAACAGGGACAAGAAAGAUCGCACGCCCACUAAGAGCAGCAGCCGCACCAGCCCCACAUUUACGCCAACAACUGCCAAUACAAUAUCAAAUGCUUCCGCUGCUGGCAGCGCAGCGGCUGCGGGCAGCUUGGGCGGCGGCAGCGUCGGCAGCGGCGGCGGCGGCGCAGCUGCAGCUGGCAGCGCUGCUGCUGCUGUUGUUGGCGGUGGAGCGCCAUCUGGCGGCGGUGCGCCUGGCAUUGCGCCCGGUGGCAGCGGCAGCGCUGCGCCCAGCGGCAUUGGCGGCGGCGUCGGCAGCGGC